GGCAACACUACACGGUGGCUGCAACUUUUGUUGUUUAAGUGGAGUGAAUAAAUCAAGUGUCAAACAGCUUAGAACUUAGGAUUAUUCAGUCAAAUAUGCCUACACGAAUUCAGGUCAAGGUUGUUACAGAACAGAUAAAAUAUUUGGAAGAAAAGAUACAAGUUCUGGGACCUGUGAUUGAACGUAUGAAAAAUGUUGUUACAAAAAGUAAGGCGUGGCUAGAAGAAAAAACUGACCAAUCAUCUGUCAGCUACAUCGAGCUAUCACAAGAACUGGACACAGCAGCCACGGCAUUGUUGGAUGUGACGUCACAUAUUUUAGACGAGGACAACGUGGAUGUCAACAAACCAACGCCAUCUUUACCACAGUCUGACACACAGACAACAGCAACAAUAGAAUCAACAAGACAGCUCAUCACACAAGUCCAACACACAGCGGUUGAAGAACAUCCUGACCUAGAGCGUAGACUCGCCUAUAUUGAAGCAGCACUAUCUUCCCUACAGGACACACAACACAAGUCUACAGAUGACAUAUCAGAAAUAAAACAAUGGAGAGACAAAUUUGUAACAGAACAGAGUGACAUGGGGGCAAACAUUGAACAACUGACUAAAAAACAAAAGCAGAGUUUUAAAAACAUCAGAAAACAAAUGAGUGAACAAGAUAACAAAGUAAAGGAGCUGAACAAAGAAAUUGAAAGAUUAAAAGAAAAAGAAUCCAAGUCAAACAAAACACUAGAGAAACCGUCUCUAGAUAUAAAAGAAUAUGAAAACAAAUUACACAAAAUAAAUAAAGAGAUGCAAGAUCACAGAGAUAAAACAGACAGUAUAACUCCAGAAAUUAAAAGUCUUUCUGAUUUGAUUGUUUCUUUACAAGAAAAUCAUAAUAAAAUCGUGGUCAAUACAUCAACCGGAUUUGAAAAGUUGCAAUCAAAGCAGUGUGUGUUGUACAAGCUCCUACAACAAAGGUUGAUGCCCAUUGACAAACUGAUUCAAAUAUUUAACCAGAACUUGGAAACUAGGGAAAAAAGAAUUACGAAGACGAGGCUAACGUGGAUGUCAACAAACCAACGCCAUCUUUACCACAGUCUGACACACAGACAACAGCAACAAUAGAAUCAACAAGACAGCUCAUCACACAAGUCCAACACACAGCGGUUGAAGAACAUCCUGACCUAGAGCGUAGACUCGCCUAUAUUGAAGCAGCACUAUCUUCCCUACAGGACACACAACACAAGUCUACAGAUGACAUAUCAGAAAUAAAACAAUCGAGAGACAACUUUGUAACAGAACAGAGUGACAUGGGGGCAAACAUUGAACAACUGACUAAAAAACAAAAGCAGAGUUUUAAAAACAUCAGAAAACAAAUGAGUGAACAAGAUAACAAAGUAAAGGAGCUGAACAAAGAAAUUGAAAGAUUAAAAGAAAAAGAAUCCAAGUCAAACAAAACACUAGAGAAACUGUCUCUAGAUAUAAAAGAAUAUAAAAACAAAUUACACAAAAUAAAUAAAGAGAUGCAAGAUCACUAUUUUUAUAUGCCACUUGUAGAGAUAAAUCGCACCCUCCCGAGGCGCCGCCCUUGCGAAAUUAAUAAAGAAUUUUUGC